AUGGAAGUACUUAACGAAAGGAACCUGCUGGUGAAAAAACAAGAAGAAGAAAAAAUAAGAAAGAGAGAGGAGGCGAUAUGUUUAGUGGCUGGAAUGAUAAUCGCUGCAGAGUCUAGUAAAGAGAAGAGGGAGGCACUUAUAGUUGAUCUUGUAUCCGAAGAAAUUCAAUGUCAAGAGAUGAUACGUGAAAAAGAGAAAUAUUUUAAAAAGAUGAAAGAGAAAGAUGAACUGAUGAAUGUUUUGGAUAAGCAGGUCUUGUUCAAUGAGGAGUGCAAAAGACGCUUUGUAGAAGAGGAUAGAGAUUUCACAGAAGCUGUUAUGAAACGAAUCCUUGAAGACGAAAGGUUAGAAAGGUCUACACUAGAAGCAAGAAAACGAAAAUCGUUAAUAUAUCGAGAAGAAUUACAAAGACUCAUAGAGAAUAAAAAGUUGUUUAGAGAUAAGGAAAUUAUCCGAAUUCAAGAGGAAGUCGAAUCUGAACAGCUACAGAAGACAUUAAUGAUGAAAAGUAUCAGAGAUGAGAGAAUUUCUUUAUUGGAACAUCACAUGAAGAGUGUAGCUGAGUUCAUUAAUAAGAGUGGAUUAACUAAAGAAGAGCAGAAUAUUCUUGCUUCGCAUUUAAAGAGUCUAGAAGAAUCUUCAGUUUCAUAA